AACACUACAUAAUACAAUCUAGUUAUAUUACUUAUGUGCAUUUGUUUGAUUCACUUAUUAUUUGAAAAUCUUUAAGUUUAAGAACAAUAUGUAGCAGAACUUCGCGUCUCGGUCCUGUACCAAGCAACAGUACAAGUAAAGCAACAAUGAAAAAGGGAGCGCAGCUACGAUCAAAACAAAUCGAGUAAGAGAAGGAAGACAGGUUAAAGAAGGCAGGAUGUCUUUAUUUCUCAAGCGUAUGGGAAGGGAAGAGACAUUUAAUCUCCCACCUGACAAGGAGAAGAUAUUAAUUGGUCGCAGUCCUGUAUGUGAUAUCAGUUUUUCCAGUGUUUAUAUCUCCAGACAGCACUGCCAAAUAUUACGUGUUCCUCCCAAUGGUGCUCUAGUCCUUAAAAACAUAAAGAAUACCAACUGCACAUAUAUAAAUGAAUCAAAGCUGCAGGGUACAGAUAUAUCAUCAGAGCUGCAAGUUGGUUCUUGCAUUGGCCUUGGUGUGCCUCUUGAAUAUGCCACAGGGGCUGGCAUGCAAAACAAAGACUUUGUGUUCCUUAAACUUGAGAGUUCACAGUCAGCAAUUGAAACAUGGAAUAAUGCAAGAACUGAGAGUAAUAAAAAUUAUCAGAUACCACCUGUAUCUGAUGCCUCACACCCUGAUGACCCUGGUGAGAUGGCUACUCAUCAGCAAGAUGCUGUUGAGAGUGUUCAAAUAUCCAAGCAAAACAAUCAGACAUCUGUGGCAUACUUGGAGAAGAUGAGGCUUCACCUACCCUCAUUUAAAGAUGAUUUGAGCUUAGGGUCUGUGCCUAAUCAGGAGGCUUGCUCUACAUCUCAAGUUAGACCAGAUGUAUCAAAACAAAGUGAGAAAUCACAAGUACCCACCACUACCAGUAAUAUAUUGCAUGCAGAACAUAGGGGUUCACAGAGUGCAGGUGGAAGUGAAGUGGAUCCUAUAAGGCAACCAGAAAAUAACAUUGAAAAUUUUCAUUCUUGUGAACUGGAACCAAGAAAAUUUGAUCAUCCUAUAGUCCCUGUCCAAGGCAUUGAUUCCAGCCUUGAGCCCAGGCAGGGUCUCUUAAAGGAAGACACAUCUUGUAUAAGAGCAGAUGAUAGUAAAGUAGAUGUAGCUUCAAAUUGUAAAAAUUUGAUAACAGAAGCUGAAGAAUCCCACUCUCCCAUUCACAUUGAUUUGACGCAGCCAGAUCCAGACUCUCCCACAGGUGCUGCGAGAACAGUGGAAACUCAUAAAGACAGUUUUAUUUGUCUCUCAUCUGAUGAAGACUCUGUUUUUUAUUCAUUAUCUAAAAGGAAUUCAUUACAAAGUGAAGGUAAAGAAGUCUCGGGAAAAAGGAAGAGAUUAUCAUGCGUGGAACCUUCCAGUGGUGUAAGAGUGACUGAAGAUAGUGAGGGAAGCUCCGUCAAAAAAAAGAUGAGGUCAUUAUCAUUACCCAGUGGUAUAAACAGUGAUGAUGAAUCCCCAGCAUGUAAGGAUGGUAAUGCUGAAUUGCUAGGGCAUAAUAAAAGAAAUGAGAAUAAUAUCAACAAAAGUAAAUUAAAUAAAGUUGCAAAGGAUAGUGGUAGUGAUAAUAAAAUGGGCCAUGGAACUAAAAGUGUGAAGAAUUCAAGUGAUGUCUUGGAGGUCAGUGAUAGUGAUGAUGAGAUAUUUCCAUUUAAGAAAAAGAUAGACAAUGAUAGAAAGCAAGAUAACUCAAGUCAGAGUAAACAGGAAAAUGACAGUGAAUCAGUAAUACAUAACAGAAAAAUUCAGAAAAAAUUAAAAAGAGGUAUUUCCAGUACAUCUUUGCAGAGCAGUAGCAGUGACGAAGAACCAAUAAUGUUUAAGAGAAGAGCUAAUAAAAAUCGGCAGAUCAUAAAAAGUUCAGAUAGUGACUCAGAUUUUGAGGAUGUUCCUUGUAAAAAAAAUAGUGGAAAACCUUUUUCAGUGCUCAGUCUUAAGAAGGUUACAGUUCAGUUAACUAGAAUGUCGUGUGAAAUUAGUAGCCCUUCAAAUACUUCAAGAGCUAGUUUCUCUUUAGAAGGUGCUUCUACGGGUAAAAGUAACAAUAAAGAGAAUCUUUCGGGAAAUGGAAAGAACCAUUCUUCUGAGAUGUGCACUAAUGACUUGGGUAGUUGUAAGCCCAAAAAGGAGGAAACUUCUGUGAAAGAGGCAAGUCUUUCUUACAAAGGUGAAAAAGUAAGGACUCGAAACACCACCAAGGAAAAGAGAGAUGAAGUGCAGAAAGAAAGUUUUUCUCAGUUUUGUGGAUUACACACUUCUACUGUUACAUCAGUCUCUUCUAAUUCUACAGAUUCAGAGGGAAGAAAUCGACUGAUAGAGAGUGACAAAAUUUUUUCUAAAUCUAAUUCAGGGGAAGACCAAAAAUCAAAUAAAGAAGAUUCACUGGCAGUCCAGGUUGAGAUACCAACAGAUAUUAAGAUAAAAACAGAACCUUUAACAUCAUGUGACCAGGAAAAUAAUUUCAUGUACUCUCAGGUGGGUGAUGAAAUAUGGCUAUCUAGUGAUGAAGAAGAUGGUUCUCUUCCAUCGGGUCGUGACCCGGUUAGCCCAGAUGCGGACAUCCUCUUUUUGGGUGAGGAUGAGCACCAACCAAGCCACAUACCAGUAAAUAACUUCACUGUGAAAGAGGAACCUGUUGAAAAGGAAGGGGAUAGCAGUGGUGAUGUAAAUGAAGAUGACCAGUGGUUUCCUGUUCUUUCACAAUCAUUUCUGCAGAUCUCAGAUGAUGAGGAAGAAAAAGAUGAUGAUGAUGAUAAGGAUUUUAAAGACAGUGCUGAGAAUGCAGAAGAAUCUGAAGCCAAACCUGGACCCAGUGGAGCUAGUGACCACUUGCCUGAUAAUGAAGAUGAAGCUGAGUGGUGGCCAGUGCUCUCACAGGGAUUCUUUGAUGAAGAUGAUGAAGAGGAAGAAGAUAUUAGAAAAGAAAAGGCAGAGAGUAGUAGCAAAAGUGAAUUGGAUACCAGAGAUGAACCAAGAAGGACUGAUGACAUCAAUAAUCUUCAGUCUAUCAUAGAGAAAUUGAAGACGAAGGCUACCCGGACUUCGCAGUUGACUGAAGUCAAAAUUCCUGUACGAUACCGUGGAAGAAAUUCUCAGAGGAGAAGGAGUAAUAGUACAGAAGUAGAUGUUCAUUCAUCUACUUCAGAGGCUGUUGUCAAGAAACUAGUUGAUGAUUCAAAGAUUAUUGAGAAACAAAAGUCUAAAAGUGCAGGACUAGUCAAAAAGCAACAUAAACAGAUUAAAAACUCAGACCUGAGGAAAAAUUUAACCUCAAAAUAUAACUUGGAGUCAUAUAAAAGUACCCUAGAGCACAGGACCAAAGAAAAGCAUCAUCUUGUCAAGAAAAGUGAGAAAUCAAAAGUGCCUCCCCUAGAUUCUGUUGUAAAUAAUAAAACAGUAGAUCCUAAAUCUAGAAAAAAUAUUUCCAUCCAGAAGAAAACCAAAUCUGCCAGUGUCACCACAGAGGAUAAUCCUCGUCCCAAAGUGGCAGUUAAGGUUACUAAAAAGACACGCUCUGAAAAACUCACUGAUGUAGAUCUGUUUUCUUUACCAUCAAAAAGCAUAACAACUUCAAAAAAGAAAAAGUUUAAGAUUCCAAAGUCUUCUAACAAUGGAGCUUCUUGUUCUUCCAAGAGCAGUGAAACAACUGGAAGUGGGUUGGUACUAAGUAGGAAAAAAGAUGUUGAAGCAGAAAGCAUCUGUGUUAGAUCUGAAAAUCCUUCAAAUGAUGGCCUUUGUGAGAGACAGAAUUUAUCUGCUUCUGCAGCUCCUGUAAACAAUAAUCCAGCAAACAAGGUUGAUGAAAUUAAUAGAGGCAUAAUGAAGAUUAGCUUGAAGCGUUCUAAACUUAAAAAUGUUCACUUUCCUGAAAAAGAAGAGGAUCUAGUCAAAGUGCUUUUGAUAUCUCCCCGAAAGAAGGUGGAGAGAACAGGUCUACCAAGUGUAAGGGCGAGUGAAAUGUUACCUGAAGAAUUGAAACUUCAAAGGCAAAACAUUCCUCCCUAUUACAUGGAGUUGUUUAUCCAUCACAUCUGCCGCUGGAAUUAUGAUUGGCUGGAAAGUUACCAUCUUGCUCAAGAGAAAUAUAGGGCUGGUGUUUCAAAAGGAAUCCCUGCACCACCUCCAAUAGUUGACAGUACAAAUUGCCCAAUACUUAUCCUAUAUAGUUCAUAUAAUGACUACAGAGAAACACACAGUAAUCUCUUGUAUCUUGAGCUUUGGGAGAAGAUCUAUAAUGACUGGAUUAGAUGCAGGUCCAAUAGUAACAUUUUUCAGUCACUUAUUGAGUAUAUUCAGCCAGCUUUCAUCAGGACCAAAACAAAUGUAUUGAAGUUUUGGGCCCUGAAGUUAAUGGUAGCAAUUCCAGCAAAACAAGGUGGCAAUAAUCACAGUUUUCGACAGGGAACUCUGAUCUCCCUUAAAAUUCGCAAGGAAAGUAAAAGGAGUGUUAUUUUUGGCUAUGUUGAUCAUGUAAUGGUCAAUAAUAGAAGCACAGCACAGAAUCAGGCACUUUCCCAGAUGGGACCUAACCUUACACUUGGAGUUAGAGUUGUCAAGGAUAUAAUUGAAACUGUGAGGCCUGGAGCAGUAAUUGUAAUCAGUGAUAUUUCUUACAUUCGUCCUAACUGUCGGGUUUGGGAGACCCUCCAGAAGUUGCCUCUGUCUCCCUUGUGUCAAGAUAUUCUCUCUCCAACUCCUCUGGCAUUCUCAUGUAAUAGGAAAACUGAAUAUCUGGUUAAAGAAUUACCAUUAAAUGAAGCACAAACAAGAGCUGUAACUGAAGUGAGCAGCAAGUGCAUGUUUGAUUCCAUUGUGCCAAAGAUAAGCCUCAUCCAUGGUCCUCCAGGAACAGGCAAGACAAGUACCAUUGUUGCUCUUAUUGCCCAAAUGGCAAUGAUUGGAAGCAAGCUUUAUCCAGGAAAAAUGCCACGUUGUAAGGUGUUGAUAUGUGCUCCAUCUAAUGCAGCAGUUGAUGAGCUGACUCUGAGACUCAUCAACUUGCGUAAUAUUGGGCUGAGUCUGCGUGUUGUGAGAGUGGGAUUUCGGGCAAAUGAUCAUCCUGUGGUGAGGAAUUUUGCAUUGGAUCAGUUUGUAAACAAGCAAGUUCAGAUGGAACUGUCCAUUCCAAGAACCGAGUCUGCAAGGCAGGAACUGCAAAGGACCAAAAUCUUGGUACAGCAAAUUGUAGAGGACCUGGAAAGGGCUCGGAUGGAGGGGAGACUUAAUGAAGUGCGCCAGUUAGAAAUUCAUCUAAAUGAAAUGGCCAGAGCAAAAGCAGAGCUGGAAAAAAGCUUUGUAAGUCAGCCAUCUGCCUAUGAGAAGCACCAGCUCCAUCAAAAAUGGCAAGAAGAAUUCUUGUUGAAAGCUGAAGUUGUUACCACCACUCUCAACAGCUGUGUUUCAGGAACAAUUGGAGAAAUGGCUGCUAAAUACCCGAACCAUUUCACUUGCUGCAUUGUAGAUGAAGCAGGACAGUGUCAAGAAACUGAGACAUUAUUACCUCUUCUUUUUGGUAUCAGGAAGUUAGUGUUAGUAGGUGAUCACCACCAGUUACCGGCCACAGUGUUGUCCCAGCUGGCUCAAAGCAAAAACCUCAGGAAGUCACUAUUUGAACGACUACAUCAUCGCCUGGUUCUAGAGCUGCAGCAAGAGGAUGUGGUACACACACUCAAUGUGCAGUACCGCAUGCAUCCCCAAAUAGCAGAGUGGCCAGCCUGCUAUUUCUACCAGAACAAACUUAGAUCUGAAGUCAGCACCCAGCAAAGCACCACUUUCAAUCCAUACAUGAUUUUUGAUCUCCAGACUUCCCAGGAGCAGAGGCACCAGAAUAUGGAGAUCUACAAUCCAGCAGAGGCAUUCUUUGUGUGUAUAUUGCUGGAGGUAAUGCAACCCCAACUCAAUGGGAAGACAGUUGGCGUCAUCACACCUUACCAGCGCCAGAGAUUCUACCUGGAAGAAAAAUUGAGCAAGCUGAAGGGGAAAAUGGAUAUUUCAAUAAACACAAUUGAUGGGUUCCAGGGUCAAGAGCGAGACGUGAUCGUGCUCUCCUUUGUCCGUGCCAAUAAGUCUGCCAGCAUUGGCUUCCUGUCCCACCGGCAGAGGCUAAACGUGGCCCUGACCCGCGCCAAGGAAGUGUGCUACAUAGUUGCUAGUCUCUCCUCUCUGGAAGGCAACAAGGAAUGGAGUUCACUCAUAAAGAACGGCAGACAACGUAGAAUUAUUUGUACUGUAACAAGUAAAGAGGAAAACAACAAAGGAUUCAUAAAAUAUGCAAUAGAAAAUAAGGCAAGUGUUUAGAAUGUAGUAAAGAGAGAUAUUAUAGCAGCUUCUUCACACCUCUAGGAGAAAAUAAUGUGAUAUACAACUUUAACAUUAAAAAUAUGAACGUGUUUUUGUAAUGGAUCUUUGCUUCUUAAAUGGGAGAAGACUGGAAGUCUCUUGUUCAUUUGUAUUUAUGACUAUUAAAGAAUAUCAUUUAAAUCAUUUGAACUAUGGACUGAUAUACCAUUGUGAUACUGCAUCAUCAUCCAUCAUCAUCAUUACUGUAGCAUUUUUCCUACAAGAUUUUCUUUCAUUACCAUAGCAUUUUUCAUACAAAAUUUUGUGUUUUCAUGAGCAGGUAUAAAGCCCACUUUUCUAAUCUUAUAUUGAGGAAAUUAUUCUGUGGUGUAAAUUAGGAAAAUUAUUAAAGGAAUAAUUCCUUAGUUUAAGUUUUACUAUCUGCAUUAUGGGAACAAAUUAAAAUAAUGAAAUUUUCCCUAAAACACUGAAAGUGACAUGCAGUCUGCAUUGUGGGACAUUAUGAUACAUGCAGGUGUACAAAUGCUCAAUUAAACUUGAUUCAUUGUGAUUGUGUAUAUAACUUAAGCUGAAUGUCAUUAUGAUUUUACUUUUUGUCAUGAAACCAUGUCAUGAAGAUGAAUGGCUUACCACUUCAAGAACAGCCAAGAGAAAUCUUGUUUUUAUGACAACACAUGCCAAAUGCUAAUGUACCCAAAUGCUAAUGUGCAAACAAGCUUAGUGACAAAUUAAUUUUUAUUACCUGUUAGAGUGGCCAUCAUCUCGAGCUUGGGCAGCCUCAGUAAAGACUCCCUGAUUGGGCCUAGAUGAGUUCAUUUUGAGGAUCAUGAAAAUAAGUACAAACAAUAAUGUUAUGUAAACCCAACAAUCAUUAGACCUCACAUCUAGCUCACUGCUUGUUGCUACUUACCUUGUAUUCAGCAAACAUACAUGACCUACGAUAGGAGCAAGUAACAUCACCAUGCCAUUCUUGAAGUUUAUGUGAAGGAAACUGGAAAAUGUUGUGAAAAGCUGAGUGCUAAUCUUUAUUUGUGUAUGGACAUAACACAUUUUUUAUAUUCAUUAUUAUUAUUCUUUGUAAUUAAUGACAUAUGGAAUAAUGUAAGUGGAUAUGUAAUCCCUGUUUCCAACAACUCAUACAAUAUUAAAAUUUGUAAUGUUUUAAAUCAGAAAAAUAUUUCAUGUUCUAUCAGUCAUAUUUAGUAAAACAAUACUACCAAAAAAUUUUUGGAUUUUUCAUAUGUCAUUUAUGAAAUAAAAAACAAUGAAGAAAAUUAAAUAGAUGGGUAUAAAGCAUGGGUACCUGCAUCCUUUUCAUAUUUUGACACUACUAAAACAAGUAGCUGUUCAUCCUCCUCAUUCUUUAUUCUUCUGGGUGCUUUACCCUUCUCUGUCAUAGCACUAUAUGGAUGAGCAGCUCGUACAUGACUGGCUACUACAUCAUUAUGUACACAGCAGGAGAUGAAGCCACUUCAAUCUUGUUUCUGUUCAUAUUCGAACAAAUAUUCCAUGGAAAUACAGUUUUCUUUAACAUAUCUUAUUUUUGAAUGAGCAGUUUUUAUAGUUUUUACUCUAAUAUUUGUAUUAUAUUUCAUAAAUCAAGCCUUAAAAUAUUUUUCAAGUAUUUGUAAAUAAUGUAAGUAGCUUGGUCUUAUUAAAAUAAUGAAGAAUAGGAAACUUAACUGCUUCCAUGCCAAGAAGCAAAAUUUGGCACUCCUGUUUGUAUUGAGUUGUUAGAGAUUGGAAUUGUACAUGUUAACAUUAAAUGUUUAUAUAAAUAUUUCAUUCCAUUACUACAUGUUAACAUUAAAUCUUUAUAUAAAUAUUUCAA